UUGAAAAUUCGGCAAAGACCAUUGCCUACUGACGUGUUUCGUAUUUUUGUACCCUUUUCGGGAAUUGUUUUCUAAAUUUCUCGUUGAUUUCUUUUUAAAUCACACUUUCCGAUUAACCGUUUUAUACGAUUUUCAAAAACCAACUGAUUAAGAAAUGGAGAGCAAACGUGACGAGUUUCGUCGUUAUUUGGAGAAGGCAGGAGUGAUGGACGCCUUGACUAAAGUCUUGGUAGGACUGUAUGAAGAACCAGAAAAACCUAAUGAUGCACUGAUGUAUCUAAAAACACAUUUGAGUGUUGCACAUCCCGACCAGGCUGAGCUGGAGUCCAUGAGGACUGAAUUGCAUUUUGCUCGGAGACAAGCUGAGAUGUUAAAGGAAGAGAAUCAAAGAUUAUCUGCAGAACUCCAAAAAUAUUUGGCUGUUGAAAGCUUGAGUAAGGAGGAACCUUCGGAACAAAGUACACCAGAUCAUGAUGAACAGAUAAACUGAGACUACUUCCAUCUGUCAAAUCACUACCUUUUGUGCCUUGACAUUAAACACUCAUUUAUUAUGUAUUUCAUGUUCAUUAUUGAAUAAAAACUUCAUACUGA